UACGUCGCUGAUGUAAACAGAAAGGACCAUUUUGAGCAGAGAAAUCUAGAAGCCAGGGUACAGUAACUCAUCAAAGCUUUUCAGUUUUCACCUAUGCAACGCCUUAAAUAGUACUCGCGCCAUGGACUUCUAUAUCAGCCUGAAGGUGAAUUUUCGAGGGAACGCGAAGAGUUUCUUGCUGUCUGGCUCGGAGACGAAGAGCUGGGAGUCUAUGGAGGCCACGGUAUCAAUCAACAGCCAAUUGGAAUAUGAAGAAGCCCUGAAGAGUGCUGCACGACAGGGGAACAGACUACAAAUGAAUGUGUAUGAGACGAGGGGCAGUAGAGCCACAGUGCCAGGACCGGGCCCACCACCAGGGUCAGGGGUGGGCUUGGGCCAGGUAAAACCUGGUACUGCUGGAGAACCCAAGAAGGGAUUCAGGCCUCCUCAGCACUGCCCUACUUUGGCACAAGUGGUGAGUCGCAAAGUUCAGGCUGCAGUCCCAGAGGAAGGAUUGGUAAUUGUAAAUGAAGUCAAAGGUGGGAAGGCAGAAGAUAAGACCCCUCCUGCUUGGUUUACUUCAUACAUGGAAAAGUUUAAGGACCAGGUGGUUAGGGAGGCAGUAGAGAAGAUUUGUAGGGAGUUCUCUGGACAAUGCUGCAUCCAUAAGCCAGUGGGAGCAGAGGCUCAGGUUCCUGAGGUCACCUCAUCCACUCUCCCUGGGGCCCCAAGUUCAGCUCCAGCCUGCAGCAGCUGUCGGGGCCAGACCGCAGGCGGCGGAUACCAAUGCAGUGUGUGUACCUCCUGCACUCUGUGUGAGCCUUGCAGCUUCUCACAUGAUCCAAGCCACAACCUUGUGAGAGCCAGAACUCCUCUGUCUAUUCCUGAGCACGGCUCCCCAGCACCAGAUCACAGCAGGUUCUACAGAAGGGGUGACCGGAGCUUUCGUAAAGCUGAGAAGCAGCGUCUUAAAGCGGAGAAGCGCCAGCUCAAGGCGGAGGUGAAGGAGAUCAGGAAGCAGCUGAGGAUGGAGAGGAGAGGGCUGCAGUGGAGCACUGCUGGAGAAGGGAGCUCUUCACCUGUCCUACUGCAGCCACGCGCCACACAGGCAAACAGCCCAGAUCGUCCUAAACGUCCAUGCCCACUGGCUGUGCCAGCUAUGACAGCUCUACUCUUGGAUGAAAACCUCCCUGAUGGAUCACGUUUGCGUCCUGGGACCAAGUUCAUCAAAUACUGGAAGAUGAAGAACAGUGGCAGAGUGUGCUGGGACUCUGAGACCAAGUUAAAGUUCAUGUGGGGGAACUUGGCAGUGGGCUCCGGUGAAAGAUGGCGGGAGGUCGCAGUACCCACAUUACAGCCAGGUCAGGUGGGUGUCAUCAGUGUGGCACUUUGUGCUCCGACGUUAGAGGGCACCUAUACAUCGCAUUGGCGCCUGGCACACAGAGGAGAGCAGUUUGGACCGCGUGUUUGGUGCAGCAUCGUCGUGGAUCCACAUGCUCCCACAGCCAUCUGUGCUGAUGGGUUACUGGUGUCUCCCUGUGUCACCCCACAGGAGAAGUCUUCCCGCACUCUUGAGAGGGAGGAGAAAUGCCGGGCCUCAAGGGAACAGCUACUUUUGUCUGUAAACCAGGACUGUGAUCAGGAAUUCUACAUUCCAUCUGUGGACUUACUCACAGCUCAGGACUUACUGUCUUUUGAACUACUGGACAUCAACAUCGUACAAGAGUUAGAGAGCGUGCCCAACAACACUCCUGCAGACAUUACCCCAUGCAUAUCGCCUCUGCCCCAUGAUGGACCUCUUCAGGAGAAACCAACACUGGGACUCAUCCAAGAGGAAACAGAAGCCCAAGGGGUCAGCAGAAUCCUGGAUGUGGCCCAGGCCACAGAGUUAGAGGGCAUCCCAGCACAAGAGAAAGGAGAGGAGAGCAUCAUUGGGUCUUUGUUUAGUCCAUCUGUUAUCCGUUCUCUCACCCUUGAAGUGACCCGUGAAGUAGCAGAGCAUGGGGUGCUUUGUGGGAGAUGCCCAGCUAAGGUGGUGCGUCCAGCCCCCCAAGGUUCAAUGUCACUUUGUGAGAGGAAAUCAGAAAAGGUUUCAGAAACGGGGCUAAUAUCUGCUCCAGCCCCGCUGAAAGUAGAAACGGUACAAAUCUCCAGCCCUGCUUCACCACAGACAGAGACCACUGAUAUAGCUGCUCCCCUGCUGACGCUUCCAGCAGAGCUCAUUAGCACAGAUGAGGGUCACGAGUCUGACAUCGAGCAGAUCCUGGUGGAACCUGCAGGUGGAGAUCCGGUAGAAGAGGGAGAAGAGGAAGUGGAUAAGAAAGAGCAAGUGAAGGACACAGAAGCAGCUAAGGAAACCCGCAGCAGAACUUCAUCUGCAUCUUCAGAAGACUACAUCAUCAUCCUCCCCGAUUGCUUUGACACCAGCCGUCCCCUAGGAGAGUCCAUGUACAGCUCAGCCCUGUCGCAGCCUGGAGAAGAGCCUGCAGAGGGGGACAAACUAGAAUCAGUGGAGACCGCAGAGCUCCAGAGCCCCGUUGCUGCUGCUGCUGUUAGUGCGGAUGCUAAUGACAUGCUCUGUGCCUCCCAGACUCUGGAUGCUGUGCCGCUCACCCCUGUGAUUGUAGUGGCACCACGACCCCCGGUCAAAUCCUGCACAGAGACACAAGAGCAGACGGAACAUGGAGCAGAGGAGCAGGAGAGGAGUAAUCCUGCAGAGCCAGGAGAUAAGGAGAAAGUCUCUGAUCCCAAUCAACCUGACCCUGAGAACUCAACAGCAUCUGCCAAGUCUGAAACAGAAGAUCUUAGGGCUAAUAGCAUCACCGGUGGAUUGGUGAAGGGUGCCCUGUCCGUGGCAGCAUCUGCCUAUAAAGCUCUUUUCACUGGACAGACUGGGUCUGAGAAGGUGAGUUUGGGAGCUGUUCACACAGGUUGCAAAAUGGAAAAACAUUUUGAAAGAAGCUUCCUUUAAAAUUCCAAACUUCCU